AAUGUGGGCCGAAUAGAGUGGAGAUUGGGCACUUUUGGUUGACUGGGUAUCGCUUUCUAUUAUGAUGGCUACGAGACAAAGUAGGCUGGAGGCAAGAAAGAAAACCUUCAAAAAGUCCAUAGACACUGAAGAGUCACGUAAAAAGAGGGAAGAGCAUUCUGUAGAGAUUCGCAAGUCAAAGAGAGAAGAAAACCUCAUGAAGAAACGAAGGGAAAAGGAAGUAUCUGGAAAUAGUAGUUUGGAAGUAACCAAGACUGCACAGGGGGAUAAUCUGAGUACAGAAAAUGCUAUGGCAGCAAAUAUUCCAAGACUAGUGCAAGGAGUAUGGUCUGACUCUGUCCCAACGCAACUCGAAUGUACGAAAGAGUUCAGACAACUUUUAUCUGUCGAAAAAAAUCCUCCCAUCACCGAGGUUAUCAGUACGGGAAUAGUACCUAGAAUGGUCGAGUUUUUAUCAAGAGAUGAUUAUUCCCUUUUGCAAUUCGAAGCGGCUUGGGUGUUGACCAAUAUUGCUUCUGGAACUUCGGAACACACUACCACUGUCGUUGAGGCUGGUGCAGUUCCAAGUUUUGUUCGUUUAAUGUCUUCACCCAAUGAAGAUGUAAGAGAACAGGCUAUCUGGGCGUUGGGAAAUAUAGCUGGCGAUUCUCCAGAAUACAGAGACUUGGUAUUAUAUCAUGGCGCUAUGAUGCCACUACUUCAACAAUUAUCUCAACCAGCAAAACUAUCUAUGUUAAGGAAUGCGACUUGGACCUUAUCUAACUUUUGUCGAGGAAAGCCUCAAACACCUUUUGAUUUGAUACGACCAGCAUUAAACACUUUGGCUCAGUUGAUAUAUUCGAAUGACGAUAUGAUAUUGGCUGAUGCUUGUUGGGCAUUGUCUUAUUUAUCAGAUGGACCUAACGAUAAGAUACAAGCUGUCAUAGAAUCAGGGGUUACUAGAAGACUAGUUGAGUUAUUGACACAUCAGAGUAUCGCUGUACAGACCCCUUCAUUAAGAACCAUUGGCAAUAUAGUGACAGGAGAUGAUACUCAAACGCAAGUUGUGAUCAACUGCGAUGCAUUGCCUUGUUUGAAUAGUCUGCUUGGGUCUCACAAAAAGAGCAUUCGAAAGGAAGCAUGUUGGACUGUGAGUAAUAUUACUGCAGGUACCCAAGAACAAAUACAAGCUGUGAUAAAUGCCAAUAUUAUUCCAAAAGUGGUGGAUUUGUUACAAAAUGCAGAAUUUGAUGUCAAGAAGGAAGCUGCAUGGGCUAUUUCUAAUGCAACUUCUGGUGGAACAAUUGAACAGAUUCAAUAUUUGGUAAAGCAAGGCUGUAUACCUCCAUUAUGUAACUUGUUGAUUGUAUCUGAUUCUCGUAUUAUUACCGUAGCAUUGGAAGGUCUUGAAAACAUAUUGCGAGCUGGUGAAAGACUAGCCGUCAAUGGUUUCAAUCAAUAUGCAUUGUUGGUGGAAGAAGCCGAAGGGGUGGAUAGGAUUGAGAAUUUACAGACACAUGUGAACCAUGAUAUAUAUAGCAAAGCCUUGAAAAUUUUGGAAACUUACUUUAGUGGCACGGGAGAACCUGUUGAAGGAGUUACGCCAGCUUCAUCAUCAGAAGGUCAUUUUGGUUUUGGUGUCAAUCAUCAUAAUGUUCAAGAGCCUUUUCAUUUUGGAGAGAUGCAAGAAUAAUGAUGAAGAAUAGAUGCACUUGUAUGAUGAUA